UCCUGGGUUUGAGACUACAGGGAGAGGAGCCAUUACAGUCAGCUCUUUUGUGGAAUCGUUUUUUUAGGAAAAUCCCUGCGUUUUAAAACACAUUCCUAUUUUUGUACUGACUACAAUGAUGGAGCCUUUUUCUGACCAGAUUGUGUUGUUCAUGCUGGCUGCAAGCUUGAUGGAGGAAGAAAGUGCAGAUGAACAUCAGGAUCCAGGUCAGCAAAUGUCUGCAUUGGGUGAGCCAGUAUUGCGGGUUUCAUUUCCACGUCCACGCCAGUAUCGCACUAGGCGUGAACUGGAGGAUCUCAGCGAGUUCGAGGUGAUACAAAAUUAUCGCUUAUCGACUCGCGACAUAUAUUCGCUGUACGCUCUGUUGGAGGCCGACUUGGAACCUCGGGCACGGUCAAAUCGUGCAAUCAGCGGUUUUCAGAAACUGCUGGGGACGUUACAUUUUUUGGCGUCAGGCACAUUCCAGCCUACACUGUCUCAAACAUGCGGUUUUUCUCAGUCGACUCUGUCGCGCUGUAUAACCCAAGUCAUUAGGGCUUUCCGCAAAUUGACGAUCCAGUACAUCACAUUUCCAGAGACGGACAGCGAAUGUCGUGAGAUCAAAUUAGGCUUUUUCAACAAAUACAAAUUUCCCAAUGUGCUGGGCGCGAUUGACUGUACCCACGUGCAGAUCAGACCGCCACGGAAUUCAGAGGAAUGUUUUCGGAACCGAAAACAGUUCCAUUCCCUGAACGUGCAGGCGGUCUGUGAUGUAAACAUGAGAUUUUUGAACAUUUUUGUGGGAUUUCCUGGAUCAUCUCACGACUCCUUCAUCCUAAGCCAGUCAUCGCUGUUUGACAAGUUCGAAACAGGAAACAUGCCUGGUGGCUGGCUGUUAGGCGAUGCGGGUUAUCCAAACAAACCGUGGCUGUUGACCCCAUUGUCUAAUCCUGUUGGUAGAGCAGAAAAACGUUACCAAGAGAAACACAUUGCAUCGAGGGGAAUAAUUGAGCGUGCCUUCGGUGUACUUAAAAGCCGGUUUCGAUGUUUAGACACUUCCGGCGGUGCUCUUUUGUACUCACCGUCGAAGGUUUGCGGCAUGGUAAAUGCAUGUUGUAUUUUACACAACAUAUGUGUCGCAAACCGUUUGCCGGUGACUCUUCGUCGUAGUGCUUUCCUACGCGGGAACCGUUAUUCUGCUCUACCGGUGGGUAUGGACGAAGGAGAGGAUUCCCGGCGGACAUUGAUCCAAAAAUUUUUUUCAGUUGCCUAGUUUUACAUCCUGUUGAUGUGUAUCCCCGGGCCGUGUUUAUACAGUUUGUUCCCCCCUGUUUUAUCCUGUAUGGUUACCGCAAAUAUUUGACCCUUUUAUCCAACUCUACCAUGGGCGACCUAAUGGUGAUGUGGACCUGACCCUCCGCCAUGUAGCAGACAACCCCCUCAGGUCCUGCAGGGGUAUCUUCCCAAGUGGCGUGGAUGUGAGGAGACACGACAUUUCACCCGAUGUUCCAUGGGAGACCCUACUGGUGAUGUGGACCUGACCCUCCGCCAUGUAGCAGACAACCCCCUCAGGUCUUCCGGUGUAUCCUUCCUAAGUGGCGUGGAUGUGAAGAGACAGUUCCCCUGAUGUUCCCUGGGCAAUCUACUUACGUACAAUUCAACUGCAUUACAAAUUUUAAUAAAAACCACAGGAAACUUCUAUUUUUAAAAGUUUAUUGAAGAAAAAAAUGUUUUAAUAAAGUUUGAAAGUUAAUUAAAACAAAAAA